AUGUCUGUCGUAAUGGUGUCACCAGGUUUAGACCAAAACCAAUUUUCGUCAGAGGAAAUUAAUAAUACUGCAGUUGAAGAUCUGCCUCAAGUUCAAGUUCAAUCUUCUCAAUCUCAAUCUUUAGAUGUGAAUCUGAAAGUCUCGAAACAUUUUAGUCCAAAUGAUUUUAUUGAUAUCCCAUUAUUGAUUCCGGAUCAUGAAGGUUUGACUGAUGAGGAUGAAGACGAUGUCAGUUAUAGAAAUAAUAGUAGUAGUAUCCCACCUGGUACUAGUCAAGUUACGUCUACACAAACCAGUUUCCAAUCAUCAUUCCCUUUAGCAGAAACCUAUGCUACGAAUUCCUUCAGACACCGAAUUAAUAAAAGUUCCGGCCAUCAUCAUCAUAAGAACCUUUCAAGAACUUUACUUCGUGAUCGUAUAGUUUCGAGUUCACUUUCUUCUACCCCAUCUACUGCAACAGCAACUGCAAAAUACCCAAGACUGAACUCAAGGUCUUCCCUCACACCCUUGGUCUUUUUACAAGAAAGAACAAAGUUAAUGGCUAUUAUUGUCAAAUAUAUUGCUACUAAGAUUGAAAAUUCAUUCCCACCAGAUUCUUCGGGUGGGAUCAACAAAGACGAGUUAGAAUUAGAUAAGGUGAUGCUUUUAUUAGUUGCAAGAUUAGGUCUAGGGCUUCCGUUGUUUCUUAAGCUGAUCAUAUACUUAUUCCGGUACAUGGAUAUCGUGUAUUUGUUACGUUAUUUGAACCAACUGAAUAAUAUGGCCAAUUAUCAACUGAUGGAUUUUGGAUUGAAACAAUUAAUUAUUGGAUGUUUCAAAUUAACAGUGGAAAUGGAACGACAAGAAGAAAUCAAAUUAGGAGUCACAGAUAUGGUUAUCGGGAUUCAAGGAAUGGCAGGUCGUAUCUACACAAAAGAUUGGGAAGCAAUAACUGGAUUCACAAUGACUGAAAUUGAUGUCAUUGCUCUGACGAUUUCAAAACGAUUAAAUGGGAAAUUAACCAUUAAGACUAUGGAAUUAUUGAAAUUAAAGAGUGAAAUAUUCCGGUUUGUCCGCAUGGUAAGUACAACUGUCUAG